GGCAUCAAGCUAAAGGGUCUCUAGGACAUCAGCGUUUCCUAGCGCUCGGGAGGAGCUGAUCUCCACGCGCAGGUGGCUGUGACUCAGGCCAGCUCGGCCCUAGGGCGCCGCUCGCUGGGCGGGGGAGGGCCGAGGUCCGCUCUCAGCGGGACCGAAGUCAGGAAAAAUGGGUGGACCCAGGCGGGGAGUGGAAGGUCGAGGGAGCAGCGGAAGGAGACGACGACGCGGGCGGGCGGUCCCCGACGCGGCCCCGACUUCCGCGGCCCGGCGUCUGGGGGCUGCCUGGUCACCAUGGCGGGCCUGGACCCCGGCCUGGCCAUCCCCGUGUGGCUGGCCGAGGACGACCUGGGCUGCAUCAUCUGUCAAGGGCUGCUCGCCUGGCCCGCCACCCUGCCCUGCGGCCACAGCUUCUGCCGCGACUGCCUGAAGGGCCUGUGGGCCGCCGGCAGCCCCGGCCGCCGGCGCUCCUGCCCCACCUGCCGCGAGGGCGCCGCGCAGCCUCCGCAGCUGCGGAAGAACACGCUGCUGCAGGAGCUGGCCGACAAGUACAGCCGGGCGCUGCGCGAGCUGAAGGAGGCCCCCGGCGCCGCUCCCGCCCGGGGAGCCGCCGCCGGCGCCGCGCCCGAGCCCGCGCGCCCGCCCUCGCGCCGCGCCGCCCAGCUGCCGGCGGAGGCACAGAAGAGCAUCACAGAAGCUGGGCAUGAGCUGGAAGAGUUGGUGGAACAGCUUGUAGACCUUGUCAGGAGUCUUCAGAGUCAGACACACCUCCUGGAGCCCGGACCAGACAAUGAAGGGAGCACCCAGAGCUUGCUCGUGACUCCCCACACACCCGAGAGAAAACUGAGAGACAUUCUGCAUGACUUAGAAGAAAUCCGGGAAAAAUUACGGGAAAGCUUGACAUGGAAAGAGGCCCUUGAAGAACAACCACAGGUGGAACUCCAAGAAGGUUCAUCUUCCUCUGCAUGCCCGCUGCCUGACCACAGUCACCCUGCCCCCACGAGGACCUCCCGGUUUGUUCAGUGGGCCAUCAGUCCGACCUUUGACCUUCGGAGCCACUGCUGUAGUCUGGAGGUGUCCGAGGACUGCCGGGUGGUGACUGUAUCUCGCUGCCCGCAGACCCAUCUCUGGAGCCACGAGAGGUUUGUGACCUGCCAGGUCUUAUGUUCCCAGGCCUUUUCUUCAGGGCAGCAGUACUGGGAAGUAGACACUCAGCACUGCAACAACUGGGCAGUUGGGGUGGCCUCCUGGGGGAUGAGGCGCAACCAGACCCUGGGAAGGACCGAAGACUCCUGGUGUGUAGAGUGGAAGGGGACUGGCCAGCUCUCUGCAUGGCACAUGGUCAAGGAAACCAUCCUGGGCGCUGACAGACCUAAGGUGGUGGGCAUCUGGCUGGACCUGGAAGAGGGCAAACUUGCCUUCUAUUCGGUGGCCAAUCAGGAGACACUUCUGUACGAGUGCCCCAUCUCUGCCUCCUCCCCUCUGCACCCUGCCUUCUGGCUGUAUGGCUUAAAUCCUGGAAACGCUCUGACUAUAAGGCCAGUAAAGGUGUAAAGUUUCCCUGGGUCUUAAAACAUGGUGAUCUCCCGGUUUCUCCCUCUGGUUUCAAGUAGCUGGCAACUUCCCAAAGAUCCCACUUCCAGAGUUAAUGGGUGAGCAGAAAAGGGCUAACUGUAGGCUUGGGACAUUGAAACUGCACAUUCCCCAGAAAGCAUUGACCCUUGACUGGCUCCUGGGAGGUAACCCCUAAGCCCUUGGGAUAUCCUGCCUGAUAAGAGUGUCUGUUUACCUGAGGGCCUCGGGCCAGGAGCUAUCACCUUGACCUCUGGAGGGGCUGGAGACUCUGCCUGGGUGCCUGACCCCCAGUAAAAGCCCUGGGCUCCAAGGCUGGGGUGAGCUUCCCUGGUUGGCAAUACCCCUUGUACAUUGCCACACACUGUCGCUAACUGUCACUAGAAGAAUUAACCUUGUCCUUGUGACUCCGCAGGGAGAGGAUAGUUGAUCUCUUGGCUCCUGCCCUGUGUGCUGUGCCUUUUACUACUGCUGAUUUUAAUCUGUAUCCUUUCACUGUAAUAAAUUGUAACCAAGACUACAGUCACUUUGCUGAGUUCUCUGGGUGCUUCUAGUGAAUCACUGAACCUGAGAGUGGUUUGAGGGACCCCCAACUCAGGGCAGAUUAUCAGUUGCUGUGUAAUACCAUGGCCACGAAUGCAGUGUUUUUUUUUGUUUUUUUUUUUUUUAAAGUUUAUUUAUUUUUGAGACAGAGAGAGACAGAGCAUGAACGGGGGAGGGUCAGAGAGAGAGGGAGACACAGAAUCGGAAGCAGGCUCCAGGCUCUGAGCCACCAGCCCAGAGCCCGACGCGGGGCUCGAACCCACAGACCGCGAGAUCGUGACCUGAGCCGAAGUCGGACGCUUAACCGACUGAGCCACCCAGGCGCCCCACGAAUGCAGUGGUUUUAAACAACACACAGCACCUCACAGUUUCUGUGAGGAGUGAGGCACAGUUUCUGUGCCAGGAGUCAGGGCACCGUUGAGACAAGGCCUCUGCUUGGGGGGGGUCUCACAAGCUGCAGUCAAGGUGUGACCCAGCACUGUGGUGUCAUCUGAGACUCAACUGGGGAAGGAUCUCCUUCCAGACUCACAUGGUGGUUGGUAAUAUUCAGUUCCUCUUGGGUUGUCAGACUGAGGUCCUCAGUUUCUUGCUGGCUGUUGGCUGGGGACCACCCUCAGUUCCUCACCCCAUGGGCCUCUGCAGUGUACCCCUCACGUCCUCAAAGCCAACAAGGAACAGAACAUCUCCUAGCCAGAUGGACUUUAAAUCUUGUAUAAUAUAAUCACAUACACAUAACCACAUACAUCCUAUUGCCUUUGCCUUAUUCUGUUGGUUAAAAACAAGUUGCAAGUCCUGCCCACACUCGAGGGGAAGGGAUUAAACAGGGCAGGAAUACCAGGAGGUGGGGGAUCAUAGGGGACACCUGACAGUCUGGCCAGCAUAGGGUGUCAUUUCAUUCUUGAUUUCCCCUAUUUUUUUUUUUAACGUUUUUAUUUAUUUUUGAGACAGAGAGAGACAGAGCAUGAAUGGGGGAGGGGCAGAGAGAGAAGGAGACACAGAAUCGGAAGCAGGCUCCAGGCUCUGAGCCAUCAGCCCAGAGCCCGACGCGGGGCUCGAACUCACGGACCGCGAGAUCGUGACCUGAGCCGAAGUCGGACGCUUAACCGACUGAGCCACCCAGGCACCCUGGUUUCCCCUAUUUUUAAAAGUCAUUUUAUUAUAUAACACAACAGAUACAGAAAACCAUAAAAGGGGUGCCUGGGUGGCUCAGUUGGUUAAGUGUCCUACUCUUGAUUUCGGCUCAGGUCUUGAUCUCACAGGUUCCUGAGUUCAAGGCCCACAUUAGGCUCUGCACUGACAGUGUGGAAGCCUACUUGGGAUUCUUUCUCUUUCUCUCUCUCUCUCUCUGCCCCUCACUCUCAAGGUAAAUAAAAGAAAACUCCAUAAUACAUGUGGAAUAUAACAAAUUAUUAUAAACACCCUUAUUAAGUACACUUUAGGUCAAGAAAUAAAACCUUCCUACCCACCCCAGAAGCUCCUUCACGUGCCUUGUCCUGAUCACACAGUCCUUCCUCUGCCUGAAAGGAAUCUGAUGUUUACAGAAUCUGAUGUUCCUUAAAUUUCUUUAUAGUGUUAGCACCCAAAUAAACAUCCCUGGCCACAAGAGUCGUGCCCAUUAAAAAACAACAACAACAACAAAAACAACCAGAUGUGUCUUUUUCUUAACAGCUUUGUUGAGAUAUAAUUUACAUACUAUAAAACUCACCUAUUGAAAGUAUACAAAGCGGGGUGUCUGGCUGGCUCAGUUGGAAGAGUGUGCAACUCUUGAUCUUGGGGUUGUGAGUUCAAACCCCAUGUUGGGUGUAGAGAUUACUUAAAUAAAUAAAUAAAUAAAUAAAUAAAUCUUUAAAAAAAUAAAAAAAUAAAGUGUACAAAUCAACCUUUACUAUGGAGUUGUGAAACUCUGAUUGUAUUCUAGCUUUAGAACAUUUUCAUCAGCCCCAGAAAGAACCCUCUUACCCAUUAGCUGCUGAUCCAUCUGUCUUGUAGGUCUCUGAAUCUACAUAUCUCCCUCUCCCUUUACUUUCCUUGCAAUUCAUCUGUAGGACCCCAAGCUGGACUAGCACCCAUUUUGAAGAUGUGGAAAUUCAACUCUGCUGGACUUGGUUAAGCAUAAAGCCUCAUUGCACAAACCAGCCAGGCAACCCUUGGCAGUGCAUUUAAGCCCUUCUUUCUCCUGUAAGAUGGAAAUAAUAGUUAUUUGCCCUUCCUUAUCUUCCUCAAAGGAUUCCUGAAAAAAUUAAAGUAGUAGGUGAGGAAAUUAGAAAAAUGCCAGGACAAUGAUAACCACAGCAACAAUGACAGAAUCAUGGCAGCCUCUAAUUCACCUUGGCCUCUCACAUCUUGAGACUCACAUUUAAUUUACGUACAUAUCCUCGAAAACAGGGCCAAGCAAAAUUCUUCUGUAUGUUCUAUUAAUUUGCUUUCUCACAAACCAGGGAGCAGAGGCCCAGACAGGGUUAGUGGUUUGUCCAGGGCCAGUCAGCUGGCAGAGCAGGGACCAGGCCGUUUCUCCCCUGUCAAGUCUCUAACCUUAACACCCUCUGAUGAGGUCCUGUGCUGAGACCUGGCCUUCCAGUCUGAUGGGACACAGCUAGCCCUAGAGCCACGAGGUGCUCUUUUUUUUGUGGUUGGUGGUGGUGGUAAUCCUCAGUAUAGUGGCCUUGGGUUGUCUGAGCAAGGGACAGGGCCUCUCUCUUGGUGCCAGUUGACCAUUAAAGGUCUUUCUGUUUUUACUUUCUGCAUCACUCACCUUUUAUCUUCUCACCCAGAGUCACUUUGAUGUUUGCCCUUUAAAAGUACCAAGAUUCUGGGGUGUAGCUCAGGUCAUGAUCUCAUAGUUCAUGAGUUUGAGCCCCCACAUCUGGCUCUGUGCUCACAGUGGGGAGCCUGCUUUGUAUCCUCUGUCUCCCUCUCUCUGCCCCAGGUCCCCCAUCAAAAGUAAACAUUAAAAAAAUUUUGGGGGGGGGCGGCACCUGGGUGGCUCAGUUGGUUGAGCCUCCGACUCUUGACUUUGGCUCAGGUCAUGAGCUUACGGUUCGUGAGUUUGAACCCCAUGUUGGGCUCUGCACUGACAGUGUGGAGCCUGCUUGGGAUUCUCUCUCUCUCCCUCUCUCUCUGUUCCUCCCCCCACUCACACUCUAUCUCUAUGUCCUAAAAUAAAUAAACACUUAAAAAAAAAAAAAGAAGUAGAGAGGCACCUGGGUGACUUAGUUGGUUGAGCAUCCAACUUUGGCUCAGGUCAUAAUCUCACGUCCCAUGAGUUCGAGCCCCACAUCAGGCUCUCUGCUGACAGCUCAGAGCCUGGAGGCUGCUUUGGAUUCUGUAUCAUUCUCUCUCUCUGCCCCUCCCCCACUCAUACUCUGUACCCCCCCCCGUCUCUGUCUCUCUCAAAAGUAAAUAAACAUUAAAAAAAUUAAAAAAAAAUUUUUAAGUAGAGAAUAAAGGUUCGCACUCUGCUUCUUUGCUUUUGUCUCAAGUUUUCUGUCAGCAUAAACUUUCCAGGACACUGUGAAAAGUGGUGCCCUUCCUCAAACGAAACAAAACAAGAAUCCUCCAGAACAGAAAUAAUGAAGCUGAAAUGCCAGUGGCUGAAGGGCCUCUCACUUGGAUCUAUGCCACAUGGGGGAAGGAAUCAUCCACACAGGGAUCCACCUGGAAAGACUUCCUGUGGGGACGGAAAGGCUAAUGAGCAGAGCACUGGGGACUCCUGUGGCAGCGUCUCACCUUCUCUGCAGGUGUUUCUCUCAAAAACUUAACGUUUUCUUGUAGACUUGUCUCUGUUUUUUUCUAGGGGUUAGGGAGAAGGCAGUAAUGUCAGUGACAAGGGCCACCUGUAUCUCUUCCUCUCUCUUCCCCUCCACUUCUCUCUUUCUCUCUCUCUCUCUCUCUCUCUCUCUCUCUCUCUCUCUCACACACACACACACACACACACACACACACACACACACACACACACACUUCACCUGCUGGUGAGACACCUACUGGUGUGUCCGUUGUUGGGGUCCAGGGCUUUGGGUUCCUGGAAGAACCACCUACCAAGCAGGAAGCCACCACCUUCUUAGGGUCACAGCAACCUCUAAUACAAUUAUAUCUAUCUGUCUCUUUCUUUUCCUCCCUCAAAUACUUUUUUUUCUGGAAAAGUUUAAUUUGAAGACUUUAUUUCCUAGCUGAUUGCAGAAACAAACCACAAAAUGCAACAUGCUGCUCUUUGGAGGUACUUCAGGCUCUCUUGCUUUGGUCAAGGGAAAAAUCCCUUCCCCAGGGGCACUUGAGGCUUUUGACAGGAAGGGAGAAUCUUCCUUGGUAUGUGCUCAGCUCCAUCAUUCCCCACUUCUGCCUGAGCCCUCAGCCCCAAACCCAAAUUUAUCCUCAUUCGUAAUUGCUCAAACCUUAAUGACCGCAAUGGGUAUCUGGCUGGUUCAGUCAGUAAACCAGAGUGUGCAACAGACUCUUGAUCUCGGGUUUGUGGGUUCGUGCCCCAUGUUGGGUGUAGAGAUUACUUAAAAAUAAAAUCUUACACACACACACACACACACACACACACACACACACACACCCUAAUCACUGGGACGCCCGAGUGGCUCAGUUGAUUAAGCAUCUAACUUUUGAUUUUGGCUCAGGUCAUGAUCUCACCAUUUGUGGGUUUGAGCCCUACAUCGUGCUCCAUGCUGACAGUGUGGAGCCUGCUAGGGAUUCUCCCUCUCUCUCUCUCUCUUUCUCUCUCUCUGCCCCUCCUCCAGGCAUGCCUGCGCACUCCCUCUCUCCUUCUCAAAACAAACAUUAAAAAAACCCACCCUAAUCAUUACAUGAGUGUUUGUCCUUCCAGAGGAGUGCAAUCUUCUUUAAUUAUACUUAGGAUUAGGCCAAAGAUUUGUUUCAAUUUGGGAUUUACCUUCCUAGCCAGCCAUAGGCUUUCUUAGGACAGGGUUUCCCAAGCUUCAGCCUUUUAUGUGCCACAAUUCUUGUUACCCUUGCAUUAUCUCCUGCACCAUUUUUCACUUAAUAUUUUUUCCUAAACCAACUCACUGACCCCUCUCAGGUACAUUCAUUUCCAAAGGAAACCUUAUGGUUGAUCUUAGCCAAAAGGCUGAGAAGCGAUUCAAAAGGAAACUUUUAAAAAGUUACGUAAAUGGAAAUCAGGGUCAUGUGUCUUAAAUAAAGGGGUAACCCUAAAUAUAUGUUUCAAGGAAAACAAAACAAGGUGACUAGCCUGGUUCUGUCCUCUAGGGCUCUGAUCCCGGGAUUCGUCACUAGCUUGCGUGCUCUCUCUCUUGCAAGAGGAGAUUAUCACGUGUUACAGACUUCCUGAGGCUUUCAUUUUGUCUUAAUUAGGGUAGAAACCAUAAUAGAAAAGGGGAAAAACUUUCUGGCCACAGGGGUCAUUGUUUCUAAUGUCCCUGCACCAUCUACAAUGACCUCUUGUUCCACUACUUUGGGAAACCCGGUUCUAAGAGAUUGGGCUAAUGCGGUCUGGAAGACUAUGUCUUCCUUCCCUGCCCAGUGAAAUCUUUUUCACCUUUAUAUUUCAAAACAAACAUGCCCUGGGGGAGAAAACCUUAUGCCUUUGGUCAGGACACAAUGUCUUGGAGUUACCAUAGGAUCUUUUCUUCACCACCUUCUGCACAAUUAGUCACCAAGUAGUGACACUGGAUUCUGCCUUCUCAAAUCAUUCCAGCUCUGGCCCCUCCUCUUCCCUCGGCGUCUUCUCUGGCGCAGACUCUAAUCACUUCUCUCCCAGAUUAUUUUAAUCCGAGCCCCUCUGUCUCUAGUCAGAACACUCUUCCCAUCUGUUCUCAUUCUGCUAAUGUGAGCUUCCCCGAAGACACAAAUCAGAGGUUACUCCUCCAUUGAAAACACCCCCAGCGCAGGGUGCCUGGGUGGUUCAGUCAGUUUAAGCGUUCGACUUCAGCUCAGGUCCUGAUCUCAUGGUUCAUGGGCUCCAGCCCCACUUCAGGCUGUGUGCUGACAGCUCAGAGCCUGGAGCCUGCUUCGGAGUCUGAGUCUCCCUCUCCCCUGCUCACACUCUUUCUGUCUCUCAAAAAUGAAUAAACAUAAAAUUUUUUUUAAAUAAAUAAAUAAAUAAACUUAAGAAAAAGCAGACCCACUAGUACUAAGAGUGACCAGGAAGGCCACUCGAGCUAAAACCAUAGUCAUUUUCCUAGGAGCUCUCUGGGGUAUUUGCAUUUUUGCUGGGUUAAGGCAUGGCGUUGCUUGGGAGGUCAUUUGUUAACAGUGCCCUGUAGGAAGAGCUGACGACGGGAGGAAUGGGACACCAUCACACGAGUCUUGUUGGUUUUGGCCAAGGAAGGAAAAGAUUAUGAGAUGCCACCUAUUUUGUGGAAGGGGUUGAAAGGUUUGGGUACCUGGAGAAUGAUUUGGAGGAUUCUGGUGAGAAGAAAGAAGGGUGCCCAAAGAUGAACUACCCGGUCCACCACUUGUCUCCCAUAAUAAAUCAGUGAUGUUCAGUACUUUGCCCCUAGCACCUAGCUCAGAGCCUCACACCUCCUGGAGACAAUAACUACUUGUUAAAUGACUGAAUAAACAUAAUAUCCUACAUCAGUGCCUCCAUUAAAGCAUAUUGCUAUUCUUCUAAAUAUUUCUAUUAAUUUUAUUUAAAAGAUCUAAUUAUUGGGGCGCCUGGGUGGCUUAGUCGGUAAAGCAUCUGACUUCGGCUCAGGUCAUGAUAUCACAGUUUGUGAGUUCAAGUCCUGCGUCGGGCUCUGUGCUGACAGCUCAGAGCCUGGAGCCUGCUUCGGAUUUUGUGUCUCCCUCUCUCUCUGCCCCUCCCCCACUCACGCUCUGUCUCUCUCUGUCUCUCAAAAAUAAAUAAAUGUUAAAAAAAUUUUUUUAAAGAUCUAAUUAUUAAAUUAACUUUGACAUCGUACAAAAGAUGAUGGUACUAAAAAUUAAUUCAUAAUCGUUACCACGUUUUCCCUUCUUUGUAUUCUCAGCCAAUAUCUAUGUUCAUCCAUUAGUUUUAACUACCCGGUGGACACAGGUGCAUGCUUGUAAAAGUUCAAAACUACACAAAUAUAGAGGAUAAAAGUUGCGUAAAUGGAUAGAUCAUAGUUCGUUUUUAUAUAGCUGUAAUUCUAUAUGUGGUUUUAGAUUUCUAUUUUUUCACUUACUUUGUAAAUCCUUUUCCAUGUCUGUAAUAGUCAUUAGUUUUAAUGACCCGAAAGUUCUCCAGUUUAUUUAUUUGUAAUCUCUACACCAGUGUGGAGCUUGAACUCAUGACUGUGAGAUCAAGAGUCAUGUGCUCUGCCAACUAAGCCAGCCAGGCACCCCAUAAUGACAGCAAAAGUGCUAAUAAUUUUAUGUCAUACUUAAUUUAUUCCCCUAUAAUUAUAUGUUUUCCAUUUUUAAGUACUGUGUAAUGUUGCUAUAAAUAGAAUAUGUAUAUAUAUAUAUUUUUUUCUUCUUUUGAAUUAUUUUCUUGAAAUAUAUUUAAUUGUGAUUUCUUGGCAUAAAUAAACAGAUAUACAUUUAC